AUGGAACUCCAGAGUGUAUCGAGCAUUCUACGCAAAGAUGUCAAAGUCGCUUGCGUUCAGUUUGCCAGUGGUCAAUGCAAAACGACUAACAUCGAGAGGGCUCGCGCCCGCGUCAUCGAAGCUGCAGCCAAUGGUGCCGAGAUCAUAGUUUUGCCAGAAUGCUUCAACUCACCCUAUUCGACUUCUGCUUUUUCUGAGUACGCAGAGGUCCUCGAUCCCGUCCCACUUGACGAGCAGGCUUCGCCAACCUUUUAUGCUAUGUCUCGCAUGGCUAAGGACUCUGGAAUCUAUCUAAUCGGCGGCAGCAUCCCCGAGCUCCAGAAAGAUUCCAACAGAAUCUUCAACACCAGCGUAGUAUUCUCUCCGCUAGGAGAACCUCUAGGGUUACAUCGAAAGGCUCAUCUAUUCGAUGUAGACUUCCCUGGAAUGUCAUUUCGCGAAUCGGAUGUACUAUCUCCUGGUAAUGAUAUCACGAUUAUUCAUCUGGAGGAGUUUGGCAAGAUUGGGCUUGGCAUCUGCUUUGAUAUCCGUUUCCCGGAGCCAGCGAUUAUUGCGGGGCGAUCGGGAGCUUUCUGCUUGAUAUAUCCCUCAGCAUUCAACAGUACCACAGGUCCUCUACACUGGGAUCUGCUCAGCCGCAGUCGAGCUCUGGAUAACCAGAUGUAUGUUGUGAUGAGCUCGCAGUCUUUUGAUCCGGGAUCAGAGUACCCGGCUUGGGGUCAUAGCAUGGUCGUAGACCCAUCGGGACAGGUACUGGCAUCGGCAUCGCGGGACGAAACUAUUGUAUAUGCCAAUCUUAGCGACGAGCUGUUACAGCGGAGCCGCCGGCAAUUGCCUCUGGCCACGUCGAGAAGAUUCGAUCUUUACCCUGACAUCAGUGGCAAGGGUAGUCAAGAGACGGCGACGAUCGAGAACAACCGUCAGCUGUCGAGCGGCAGAUAG